GAAAAAAAAAAAAGAAGAAAUUCAUUGACCCAUUGACACUAUGAAAAUAUAAAAUUCCAAGGUCUCAAGGUUUGCGCCUUUGGAAUUUUUACCUAGCAGUUUCUUGGAAGAUUCAAUUCAUUGGAGGAGUUGUUUCCUACGUUUAAUAGUUGGACUUGGACCAAGACGCCAAGCCAGUAAAUCUCAGUUGUUGCUGCGCCCACACCCACUCUUGACUGUUCAGAAAUCAGACUUCAUAGGCACAAGACAUCUUCAGGCUGAUGACUUUCCAUGGGCCUAUUAUUGGUCCAUAGGGCCAUAUUGUUUGCAUUACAUGAAGUAAAGUUGGGGGCCUAUUCUUCAGGUUUAUGGCUUGUAUUUGCCUUUGCAAUUUUGCACACCUAUUGUAAUUCUAGGGUUUAUACAUGUCUCUGUUUCACCGCAGAAGAUAGUGUCGCACAUCGUCGAGAGAAGAGCAAGAAGCAGCGAUGGAUUCUUUUUCAUCACCGUCAAUUGGAUCAAGUUCGUCUAAUAUUUCAUCUUCGGACCUCAUGGACCAGUUGAAGACUCAGCUUGCCCAGGCUUAUGCUGAGGAGUUCCUCGAGACUGUUAGGGGGAAAUGUUUUGAGAAGUGCAUCACAAAACCAAGUUCAAGCCUCAGUGGGAGUGAGAGUAGCUGUAUCUCCAGGUGUGUGGACCGUUACAUAGAGGCUACUGGCAUCAUUAGCAGAGCUCUUUUCAAUGCACCACACUGAAUUUAGUAGAAAGUUCUCCGAAGAAUGCACCAUAUGAGAAGAUUUUGCUUUCAUACUUACUUGAAUCUCUAUCAUUUUACGAUGGGACAAUUUUUUCUUUGCAUUGAGUACUAGCUUAUGCUCAGCCAUGCUAAACUGUGUUCUACUCUGGGCUUGGCUUGGGCUAUUACAAUGUUAGUGGAUUCAGAGCUGUGUUAUAGCAAUUGUUUUAGCAUUCCACGAACAAUAAAUUUUGCAACUAUGAUUUGAGAAUGCUAAAAUAAUUUACUAAUAGUAUGAUGAAGAAGUGUUAAAACUACAAUCUCAACCGAGAUAUAAAUCCUGUUAGCCAAAUUUUCUUUCAA